GUUGAUGAAUUUUCACACUUUUAACUUGCCGUUGUCAUAGAAGUAUUCCUUAGAGAAUAAAUUAUGGUGACAAAAUUUGUUAUUGAUUGGAUGGAGUCUAUGGUGUUUAAAUAGAAAUGGAAAAUAGUGCGCAAGUUGGAAACUACUCUGCACUAAAACCUAAAUGGAAAAAAAUUGCUUAUGGAGGGAUGCAGCCUGGGUUUGAAGACAAACACUGAUGACUCCUUUUUAGAAGAUAUGAUUAUGAAUGCCAAUGUAGUUAGAAGGGACUUGCUAAAGGUGAUGCUUGAUUCAGUUUCGAUCUCUCAGUAUCUUUGCAUUGUUGCUCUUGUGGUUUUGGUGUGGACGUACACACUCAGGUCUACACUGAAAGGAGAUUAUCUGUUGCUUCUUGAUGUUGCUGUUCUUGGAUCAGGUUUUCUCAUUCUUAUUUUCACUGCAGAGAUGCUCUCUUUGGACCUCCUUCUUAGUUACUUGCGCAAAAUUUCCUUCUUCAUCAUGGGUUUAUAUCUUCUAUCCCCUAUUUACCAUACACUCACGCGUUCUAUAAGUUCAGACUCCAUUUGGGCUCUUACGACUUCACUUAUCAUACUCCAUCUGUUCUUGCAUGACUACACUGGAUCAACAGUAAAAGCUCCCGGGACCUUGGAAAAUCCAGCAUUUACAAGCAACAUUUCUUUAAAUGCUUCUAUUGUGGCUUCAGUUUUAAUUGCUUCUCGCCUUCCGUCGAGAUUUCAUGUCUUUGCUAUUAUGCUCUUCUCCUUGCAAGUUUUCCUCUUUGCUCCCCUUGUCAUAUAUUGCAUUAGGAAAUACUCUUUCCGGCUGCAUCUCGGUCUCUCUUUGAGCUUAAUAUCAUUGACAUUGAUUUUGGAGUACAAGUUUGAGAUUAAUGGUCCUUGGGACGAAGCUAAACUGUGUUUUAAUGUAACAGAAUAG